AUGGCGAUAGCGCCGAUCAAACUGGAGGAACAUCACGACCCGGAGGCCGUAGGCCCCGAAGGCCUCAACACCGGCGUCCUCAUCGACCCGGACACUCUGGCCGCUCAGAGCCGCACCCAUUCCCGUGCCUCGUCCACCCGGUCGCGGCCUUUGGUUAUCGUCCCGCGGGCUAAGAGGAGGGGCCUCUUUGCUACCCUCGUGUUGAUUCCCGAGGUGGAGCGGCCGUAUGACUACUCGAGGAAGACGAAAUGGACCAUCACUGCCAUUGUCGCCCUGGUCGCCGCUGGAGGUCCCAUCGGGUCCAACCUCAUGUAUCCUGCUCUUGGCGAUAUUGCCCGGGACUUGAAUACCAGUGAGACCAUGGUCAACUUGACGGUCGCUUUUUACAUGCUCGCCAUGUCCAUCUUUCCCCUGUGGUGGUCAUCCUUUUCCGAGACCCUCGGCCGUCGGACUAUUUAUAUAAUUUCCUUCAGCCUCUUUGUUGUCUUCUCCGUGCUGAGUGCACUAAGUACCAACAUCGGGAUGCUGAUCGCCAUGCGGAUCCUUGGUGGUGGUGCAUCUGCUUCUGUCCAGGCUGUGGGUGCAGGAACCAUUGCCGACCUAUGGGAGGUUUUUGAACGAGGCAAGGCUAUGAAUACUUUCUACCUUGGGCCCCUCCUCGGCCCGCUGCUCGCACCCAUCAUUGGCGGCGCCCUCGCCCAGAGCCUUGGCUGGAGAAGUACAAUGUGGUUCCUCGCCAUCUUUGGCGGCCUCAACUUCCUCAGCCUGCUCUUUCUCCUCCCCGAGACCCUGGCCAAGCGCAAACCUCUCGUCCCUUCUGCUCCAGCCCCUCCUUCGGCCUCUGCUGCAGGAGGCCAAGACGUCAGUCGCACCGCCAGCCUCACGCGCAUGUCUACCCGACAAUCUGUGGCCCUGCGCACCCGCCGCGGCGCCGUUAUCCUGCGAAAGUUCCUCAUCGACCCCCUCAACUGCAUCACCUAUCUGCGCUUCCCGCCCAUCGCCCUGGUGGUUGCCUUCGCGGCCAUCACCUUCGCCUCCCUCUUCAUCCUCAACAUCUCCAUCCAGUCCACCUUUGCCGCCCCUCCCUACAACUUCUCCACCAUCAUCAUCGGCCUGCUGUACAUCCCUUCCUCCCUCGGCUACUUCUUGACCUCCCUCUUUGGCGGCCGCUGGGUCGACUACAUCAUGCGCCGCGAGGCCCAAAAGGCAGGCCGCUACGACGACAAGGGCAAGCUCAUCUACCACCCCGAGGACCGCCUCAAGGAAAACGCCUGGAUCGCCGCCAGCAUGUUCCCCCUGGCUCUGCUCUGGUUCGGCUGGUGUGCCGACUACGGUGUCUUUUGGCUCGCCUGCAUGAUCCCCAAUUUCUUCUUCGGCAUCGGCAGCAUGCUCGUCUUUGGCGCCGUCACCACCAUGCUCACCGAGUUUAUGCCGCGGCGGUCGAGCAGCGGCGUUGCACUCAACAACUUUGUGCGGAAUAUAUUCUCCUGUGUUGGCGUGGUGAUCACGCAGCCGCUUCUCGAGGCUAUGGGGGUCGGGUGGCUUUGUACCAUGGUUGCGCUUUUUUCGCUGAUCAGUGGGAAUCUGUGUAUUUUCCUGCUGGCGAGGUCUGGGGGGCGGUGGCGGAAGCAGAUGGAUGCGGCCAUGGGGGGUGGAUGA